AUUGUGGAACUGAGUGUGCUGGUGAUUCAUUUCUCGGAAUUGACCUUGCUAUGAGUCAUUCGCUGGAAGGCAGAGUCGGGGAUACCGCGCCUGUCUGCCGGUUGCUUGCUUUGGUAUACACGCAUACCGCUCACCGCGAACACUUAACAAAUAAUUUUGUGUUUCUCGAUCUAAAUAAAGAAACAAUAACAAAAAUGUGUGAGUGUACAAAACAAAAAAACAGUUAAAUAGAUUUGGCUCGCAAAUUCUAAAACUACUUGUAAAUAUUUUUGUGUGCUUUUAUAGUUGGAUAUCAUGAUAACAACCAUGACGUCAUUCAUAUUAUUGAAGACGAACUCUUUCCUAUUGAGGAUGAACAGAGAGGAUAACGUCGACUGGUUCCAUGGGAAAAUAUCACGAGAAUCUGCCGAGAAGCUGUUAAAAGAAGAGGGCGAAGAUGGUGUUUUCUUGGUACGUGAAAGCAACACUUCACCAGGAGACUAUGUUUUGUCAGUUUUGCACCAAGGUGAAGUAGUGCAUUACCAAAUUCGGAGGCACGGAGAGGAUGCCUUCUUUUCCAUUGAAGAACACACAACAGUGCAUGGGUUGGACACCCUCAUACAGCACUAUCGAGGCGACUCCAAUGGUCUCGUCACGCGGCUGUCUGUUGUGUGUAAGGGGCAGCCUCCACCUCACGAGUCACGUACCCAGGGGACCACCAAUCUUUUACACAGAGCGACGGAGGCCGGUGACUACAACAUAGUAUCCCAAAUGCUGGCAGUCGGGUACCACAGCCGCGACGCCAAGAACCAGGAUGGACAGACGGCGGUGCACAUAGCCGCUAAAGCCGGCCGCGACAAAAUACUCGGGAAACUCAUAGAGAGCGGCGCCACCGUCAACGUGCGGGACUCUUUCGGAUAUACGCCUUUACAUUACACCUGUCAGAAUAACCUGCCCAGCACCGCCGAGUUGCUGAUAACGAAGGGCAACGCCAACUACCAGAUGCGGCACGCGCCCACGGGGAAAGUGCCACUACAUGACGCUGCGCAGAGAGGACACAUUGACUGCAUUAAGGUCCUACUAAAAUUGAAAGCUCCCGCGAACCCGAGAACGUUGCAGCAAGAAACCCCGGCUGAUUUGGCGAAGCACCACGGUCAUACGGAAUGCUAUCAGCUAUUAAAAAACUACAAACCUGAACCACCGCAAACCUCCAAAAGUCAAUGGUACCACGGCACGUUGAGCCGGGACGAAGCCGUACAAACUUUAGAACAGUACUGCAAGCAGAACAACUUAGUAGACAAGGCUACGGACGGCGUGUUCCUAGUGCGGUACAGCGAGCGGCACAGCAGCGCCACCUGCGUGCUGACUAUGCUGAGCGAAAACACGCCUUACCACUUCAUCAUAAGGAAGGAGGCGGCGGGCUGGGUGUUCAUCGACGACGGGCCGUACCUGGAGGGCGUGGAGCGGCUGGUGGAGCACUACGGCGCCGUGCCCGACGGCCUGCCCGCGCGCCUGCGCCACCCCGUGCCGCCCAAGCCCAAGCCGCCCUUGCCCGAGUUCUCAACGAUGCCACGGACCAAGAAACCAUCACCGAGUCGAGCAGCCAUGAACCAGACGUUAUCCCUAGUCAAAAACGACAUCUUAAACAAGCAGAUGUCCGAGCCCAGCUCGCCGCCCAACGCCUUCGAACUGCUCACCAGGAACUUGUCCUUCUCAUCUGACUUUAACAACGACAGCCUCAACAACAACGAGUCGCUGGAUGACAACGACACGUAUAAAGUGCCCGUUAACAACAGCGCCGUUGUUGUUGGGGAGAACUAUAAUGAGAUAUCGAUUAAUUCCGAUGGCCAGCUUUCCACACUGCAAGAUUUCAUCCCCAUGAGCGAGCUGACGCUCGGAGCGACACUCGGCGAGGGAGAGUUCGGGUCCGUACUGCGCGCCACGCUCGCCGCCGCGGCCGGCCGCGCCGCCACGCCCGUCGCCGUCAAGACGCUGCACGUGCAACACACGGACUCCAAUCAACAUGACUUCCUGGCGGAGGCUAAGACGAUGAUGACGCUCCGGCAUCGGUGUAUUGUUCGACUCAUUGGUGUGUCAUUGGGUCCCCCACUAGCCAUGAUCCAGGAGCUGGUGCCGCUAGGGUCGCUGCUGGAGUACCUGGUGCGGUCGCCGGAGCAGGCGUCGGCCGGCUACGAGCUGCGACUGUGGGCGUGCCAGGUGGCGGCCGGCAUGCGCUACCUGGAGCGGCGCCGCUUCGUGCACCGCGACCUCGCCGCCCGGAAUAUACUGCUGGCCAGCAGACACCAAGCAAAAAUUAGCGACUUCGGUCUAUCACGAGCGCUCUCCAUGGACAGUUCGUACUACAAGGCGAGUCAGGGCGGCAAGUGGCCCAUCAAGUGGUACGCGCCCGAGUCCUACAACUACGGCACCUUCAGCAGCGCCAGCGACGUGUGGAGCUACGGCGUCACGCUGUGGGAGAUGUUCUCUUAUGGCAAGCAGCCGUACGGGGACAUGAGGGGCACCGAGGCAAUACAAAUUGUAGAAAGCGGCGGCCGUCUAGAACGACCCGAGGAGUGCCCGGACGAGAUCUACCAAGUCAUGCUAGACUGCUGGGAGUACAACCCCGACCGACGACCGACGUUCGGCCUGCUCGUCGACGUGUUCUCCCAACACCCCGACUACGUCAACAUCAGCCAGCUAGCCCUCGACAACGACGAGGUAAACGUCUAACAUUUACUUCAAUAUUUGCCUAACACAGCGCUGCGUCUCUUUUGUUCUUUAUGUCGAUAAAAAGAGAUACAGCAAGAAUGUUUGGCAAAUAUUUGUGGAUAUAUUGUUAUGCCUUUGGCCCCGUAGGGAACGAAUGUAAAGCUUACCUAGAUGUCAGUGUUAGAAAAUAUGACGAAGAUGAAGAUGUAACAGUCAGGUUAAGUGAGAUUUGAACUGAAAUGCACAAUGGGAAAAAUGUCUUAACUAUCAGGAACAACCGUGAAUUCAUUUACAAUGUUUUCACUCGCACUGUACAUACUCAAUAGAUACAAUGUAUUAUGCUUGUCAUGUAAAAUAUAGUCAAGUAGAGUUGUAACUGAAAUAUCGCUUUGUUACCUUGCCUGAACAGACGCCCUUCUGCAUCUGACGAUGUAUUAUAAUUUAUAAGGAGAGUGCUAUAGUUAUUGGCCACUCUUAACAAUAAGACUUCUAUUGCUUUCUAUCUUUCUGAUUUGUUAAGUGUAGCCAAUUACUAUAGCAGUCACCCUAGUUGGCUAGCUGUGUGAAAUUGAUGAUCUGAUCAUUUUGAGUGACUGAGUGUAUGGUAUAAAAUAUGGGUAAUGGAAUACAUAUUGAAAUGUAGGUAUGUGUUUCGCAGUAUGAAAUUAUGGUGGCCUUAGCUUUCAUAAACGUAUAUGUAGUGAUCAAAUUGAUUAUAACGUAAUAUAGCUAAGUUUUCCUUCAGGUUUUAAAUAUUAAUAUUAACAUAUCGAUAAAUUAUGCAAUCUACAGACGAGUUUAUAUAUGGAUUAGAUUUUAGUCAGUCGAAUACAAAUUGACACUACGAGUAAAUUACUUUCUGACUUGGAUGUAUUAUGGUAUUCAAAUGUAUAUGUCGCAGUCAAAAGUGUGAACUGGUCAAAAGAACUUUUAACCGACAAAAACAGGCAAAACUGCUUUUGACUGAGCAUGUUGGUCAAAAGUAGUUGUACCUGAAAAUCAUUGGUUAAUAGUAAUUGUGACGGUUACUAUCAGUCAAAAGUACUCCCAGAAAUAGGUAGGUUAGGUUUAUUUUUUUUGCUACGCCCAAAAAACGAAACUGUUCCCAGAGAUAGGUAGGUUAGGGCUAUUUUUUUUUGCUACGCCCUAUAAACGAAACUGCUGCCAGAAAUAGGUAUGAUUUUCAGGUAAAACUACUUUUGACCAACAUGCUCAGUCAAAAGCAGUUUUGCCUGUUUUUGUCGGUUAAUAGUUCUUUUGAGCAGUUCACACUUUUGACUGCAACAUAUAUACAACGACUAAUAUUAGGUAUUUCGGCAAGAGAAGACACUGGCUGAUUGACGAAAUGGAAAUAUAUCACGAAGUGCCUGAUAAGAUAACCUUUUUUCUCGUUUUUAGAUCUAAAUUAGGAUUUACGAUAGUUGUUUUCUGAAUACAAUGAUGUAACAAUGAAUACAUAUUUGACAAUUUGCCUUUGCAUUAUAACAAAAUAGCAUUUUAUAGUAUUUUACUAUUAUUUUGACAAUUAUUUACGUUUAUAAUGUAUAUACCUGCAUUUUUUUAAACUGUGUAUGUUCCUUUUAGAACCAAAAUAGAUUUUAUGUUGUACAGUAGUUGUAGCCAUCUUUUAGAUUUUUAUUUCAACAAAAUGACACCGGAUACAAAAUAUGCAUUCCUUUAUGUUUAACUUAAUUUAAUAUUGCCAUGGAAAUGCCAUAGUUAUUUUCGUGAUUAUCCAACAAUUUGCCAUGAGGUUGUGUUAUUUUAUGUACAAAAUUCUUAUAUAGUUACCCAAAUUAUUAUAUCAGUUUAGAUUUAAAGGAUUUAUUUUAAAUUCAACAAUAUUUCUAUGAGUCUGACUUAGCAAAUAUGUUUUUAUAUUAUGACAGAUUAUAUAAAUUGUAUAUUUAAAAGAAAUGUGAUAAUGGUAUUUAUAAAACAUUAAAAUAAAUAAUAUAAAA